AUACUGAAUGAGGCUGAGAGUUGAUUGGAUCCUUUUUUUUCUAAAAAAAAAAAUUUUGUUUUGAAUACAAAACAUGUUGACUAAUUACUGAAAGUGGUUAUGUAUUUAAUGAUUAUAUAAAAUAAACAAUUUUAUUGAUUCUAUUUAAAAUUCGUUACAAUAUGGAUCAUAGGAAUUCUGAUAAAUAACAUUGUACUCAUUUUGUUUGUAUCAUUAUAAGUAAAUAAAGACGUUUACAUAGUAACAAUUGUCAUUUUAUUUUGAUAAACAUGAAAUAUAAAGUCAUGUUGAUUACUUUCAUGAUUGUAUUAUGGUUUCAUUUGGUUACUAUUAUAAAUUGUUUUCAACGUAAAUAUGAUAAACAUACAGUUGCAAGUAUACCAGGUGAUAUAAUGCUUGGUGGAUUGUUUCCUGUACAUACAUCUGGUGUAACUACUUGUGAAUCAAUUAAUCCUGAAAGAGGAAUUCAACGAGUUGAAGCAAUGCUAUUUACAUUAGAUGAAAUUAAUAAUAAUACAAAUUUACUACCAGGUUUAACUUUGGGUACUACAAUACGUGACACAUGUUCAGAUACAAAUCAUGCACUUGAACAAGCAUUGAAAUUUGUACAAGCAAGUACCGGAAGUAGUAGUCAAUUGAAUAAAAUGAAUGAACAAUCAGAAAAUUUAAACACACGUGGAGUUGUCGGUAGUUCAUAUAGUUCAGUAACAAUACUUGUAGCAAAUUUAUUUCGUCUAUUCUCUUUACCACAAAUAUCUUAUGCAUCAACAACUGCAGUAUUAAGCGAUAAACGUGCAUUCCCAUUAUUUGCAAGAACUGUACCUUCGGAUGUUGUGCAAGCUCAGGCAAUGGCUACAUUAGUCUCGGCUCAUAACUGGACUUAUGUUUCUACAGUACGUAGUGCAGGUGAUUAUGGUGAUUCCGGUAUGGAUGCAUUUUGGAAAGAAGCUGAUAAACUUGGUGUAUGCAUAGCAGCCAGAGAAGUGAUUAGGGGAAAUACAGGUCCUGAAGAUUUAGAUAAUAUAGUUAAUGUGCUUAGCAAAGACUUUGCAAAAGCUAGAGUCGUUGUUUUAUUUACCGGCAUGGAUCACACAAAGUUAUUAUUAGAUGCAGUUAGAAGAGCUGGUUUAGUUAAUCAUUUCGUUUGGAUAGCUAGUGACGGAUGGGGUAGAGAAAACGUACCUGUAUCAAAUAACUCAAGAGAAGCCAAUGGUGCGUUAACUAUAGAAAUUCAAGCCGAACCGAUUAAGGCAUUCACAGAUUAUUACCUUUCUUUAGGUAGAGAAAAUCAUAGGAAUCCUUGGUUCAGAGAGUAUUGGCAAGAUUUAAUACAAUGCAGAGAAAGUUCAACUAAGAGGCGAGAAAGAAAAUCGACCAAUUCUAAGCGUUAUUUCAUGAGUAAGCUAUCAAAAAAUGAGACAAAUUUAGAAAAUUCUCAUGAAAUAUCAAGUGAAACAUCAUCAUUACCGUCCUCAUGUAGUGACAGUCCAGAUUUAAGACUACGUGACAUUCUUGGACCAGAUUUCAAACAAGAAGCAAAAAUACAAUUUAUCUACGACGCAGUUUAUGCAUUUGCUUCUGGAUUACAUAUACUUCAGAAAAAACUAUGUCCUGGUAAUCCUCUCCAUCCAAAAUGGAAUAAAAGAGAUUGUCUAGAAAAAAUGCUCAGCUAUCCUGGAACUGCUUUCUACCAACUAAUAAUUAAUACAUCAUUUACUGAUAAUUAUGGCAACUAUGUUGCAUUCGAUGAAAACGGUGAUGGCUAUGGACAAUAUUCAAUAUAUAAUUAUGCGCGCGAUCCAUACACUGGUCAGUAUCAUUAUCGUUUGGUCGGUGAUUUUCAAGGUGGCAAACUUACAAUGCGUGCACGACCUAUAUGGCCGGGUGGGGAAUCAAAAAAUUUUCCAGUUAGCCAAUGUUCAGAAGAAUGUGGAUUUGGUGAAGUUCGACGUUUAGACAAGAAACAACAAUGCUGUUGGUCAUGCGAAACAUGCGGUGUAGACCAACGUGUAGUUAAUUUAACUCACUGUGAAACUUGUCCUUUUCAACACUGGCCUUCAAAGGAUAAAAGAACAUGCGAACUUUUAGAGUUACACUAUAUUGAUAUUUCGACUUGGUUUGCGAUCGUCCCAAUAACUUUCAGUAGUCUUGGAAUACUAAUUACUGGUGGAGUUAUACUUACAUGGGUUUUCUACUCUGAUACACCCUUGAUUCGCGCUACAGGACGUGAACUAGCUUAUGUACAGUUAGCUGGAUGUUUAGUUUGCUAUUCAUGUGCAUUUAUUCUGAUUGCAAGACCAUCAAUUUUCACAUGUUCACUGCAGCGAAUCUUAAUUGGUCUUGGUUUUGCAAUGAUGUAUGCUUCAUUAUUAACAAAAACCAAUCGUAUAGCAAGAAUAUUUGAUGCAGCAAAACGUACUACUAAACGUCCUGUAUAUAUUUCACCAAGAUCACAACUUGCUAUUUCGGGAUCAUUAAUUGCACUACAAUUAUCACUAUCAGCUAUAUGGUUUGGCUUUGAUUCACCCGAUACACGAAUUGAUGAAAUUAGACCUGGUUAUCUUGUUUUACGAUGUGCAAUGAAAGAUAAAAGUUUUUUAAUCUCCCUGGCUUACAAUAUGAUUUUAAUUAUUGUUUGUACAGCAUAUGCUGUAAAAACACGACAGAUUCCAGAAAAUUUUAAUGAAUCAAAAUUUAUUGGUUUCACUAUGUAUACAACAUGUAUUAUAUGGUUGGCAUUUUUACCAAUGUAUUACGCUACAAUUAGCAAUCAUCAAAUUCAAAUAGCAACUCUAUGUAUAUCUAUCAAUUUGAGUGCAAGUGUUAUGCUGUGUUGUUUAUUCUUUCCUAAAUUAUAUAUUAUAUACUUACGUCCAGAAAAAAAUGUACGACGUUUAACAAUGAAUAAUAUGACAGCUAAACAAAAAUUUGCUAAUUUAGUCAAAGAAAAAUCAUCAAUAAAUGUGUGUGUAUCAAGUUAUGCAUCAGAUAAUACAAGUUUAACUGUAAGUAGUAGCACAAAAACUGGUCUACAAACAGAUUCAGACAAAGGAAUACUAACUAGUCCAGUUAAUCCAACACAAUCUACGGUGACGAGUUCCAAUUGUUUAAAACUAGAUUUUGAAUUUGAUAGUUCAACAUUAUAGUAAGUUACUUUCGCCAGUUCAUCAUUAUAUGCAUGCUAUGAGAAUGAAGUGCAUGCCACUGUUUCCUUCUUUUACAAAAAUGCUUUUACUUUGUCAAUAGUUAACAUAAAAAUAAAUGAAAGUUGUUUGAUUUUCAACAGAGAAAUCGAUAGUAUUUUAAUUUGCCUUCUGGUAGAGUAGUCAGCUAUUUUAUCUCAUGAUAAUCUCAUUAUGAAAUCCGAAAGCUUGUAUUUCACUAUUUUCCUAUAGACUGUCAACAUCCAAAAAAUGGAAAGUGUUACAUCUAACAAAAUACUCAUACAUACUAUUCUCUUCAAAUAAAUGAAGAAUUUCAAUAUUUAAUUAUAAAGUGUAUCAUAAACUGUCUUUCAAAGUAAGAUGAGCAAUAGUUCGUUGUAAGUACAUUCCGUUAACGAUUUUUGAAAUUCACUGAAAAUUUUUACUAAAAUUAUGGUCAACUAAUGACUGGGAACAAAUAGCAGAGGUCUUCUCGAAAUAUAAACCAACAUUUUUUUCAAAUUGACCAAUUACAGUAAACUUAAACUAAAGUGUACAAAUAGUGGGGAUAGUCAAAAUAACGCUGUGAUUUUAUAUAAUCAACAAAAUUAGCCAUUAGUAUGCUGCUUUUAGGAACUUUAUUAGCAUGAAAAAAACCUUUAUUUUAAUACUUUUGAAAUAAUUUUCAUAUUAAUUCAAAAAAUUAAUGCGUUUGUUUUAUAGAUAAUCAAUUUUUUAAUGAACCAUCUCGUAGUAAUUCAUCAAUUACUCAAUCAGUUCAAGUCAUAUGUAAUCCUAUAGUCAGUGAUUACAUUGCCUCAGUGACGACAACAACAACGACACCGUCAAUAAUGAAAACAUCAAUAACAUUAGCGGAUGACAAACAAUCCUCAACUUAUGUUAAUACUUUAUUUAUCAAUUAUCUUAAUCAAAAACAAAAUGAUUAUUUAUCUAAUAAAUCUUGUAAUAAUUUCCCUACACCUACACCAUUAUUAUUAGACAAUAUACCAAAUCGUUUAUCACUUAUUAAUUCAGUUUAUUGUGAUGAAGAUAACGUGACCACUGAAGAUGAAGAUAAUUAUACAAUAAGUGCAAAAACAUCAUUUUCUACAAUUAAUUCUAAUAAAAAUAAAAUGUCUACUAUAAAAAUGAAUAAUUUUAUUACUGAUCAUUAUAAUUCUACUACUAUUAAUUCUAAUGCAAUGAAAAUCAAUAAAACGGAACAAUAUUCUCAAGGUCAAAAUUCAGAAUUCAAUCAAUUAUCAAAUGAAUAUAAUCAUAAUCAAUUCAAUAAAAUAUCAAUAUUAAAUAAUAAUAAUAAUAAUAAUAUAUCUAAAUAUAUUCCAUCACAAUUUACUAAUCGUAAUCUAACAUCAUUUUCACCAACUAUAUCACUUGGUUCAAUUGAAUCACCUAAUUUAAGUGUACCAAGUUCUGAUUUAUAUAAUCAUAGUUAUUGUGAUGAUACAAUAAUACAAAAUAGUGAAAAUAAUGAUAGUUCAUAUCGUGAUAAUGAAUCAUUAUUUGUACGUAUUAAUAAACAAAAGAAAACAAAUUCACGUAAUAUUGAUUAUACAAAACAAACAGUUACUGCAUUAUAAUAAUUUAUAUGGGUUUUUUUAUUAUAUUCAAUAUUAUAUUAUUAUUUUGUAUCAAUUAGUUGUUUCUGUAAUACUUUUCUUCUCUUUUUAUUAUUUUUCUUGUAAGUAAAUUGAUCCGUCAAUGUAUAUGUAGUUUAUUCUUUUCCUUUUUUCUUUCUUUUCUUUUUUCUUUCUUUUUUCUUUCAAAGUAUUUACUUUCUAAUUGAGAUUGAAUGACGUAGUGUGUUUUUUUAAAAAAGAAAAGAAAAAAACUUUAUUGAUUAUAUAAAUAAAUGUACAAAUCAAUAUAAAGUGUAUAAUUGAUUUAUUACUUAACAUGAAAUUGAGAACUAUCAAUUUGUUUAUUAUUAUUAAAUCUGAAUGAUAUGAUGGUUAAAUUGUACUAUGUAAUUCGAUUAGAAAGACAACAACAACAAAGAAAGAAAGAAAUGAUGUAAUAUACUGACAAAGUCACUUUAUUGGUGUAAAUGUAAAGAAAACAAUCAUGUAAAUAUGUUGCAACAACAAAUAACUAUAUUAUUGAUUGUUUAAAUUGUUCAUAGUUUAUUAUGAUAAUGAUUAGAAUACUAAGUUUUAUUAAGGUAAACAUUUUUCUGAUAUUUUUUCUUUGAUAAAUAAAUUGAGUAACUAUAGAAUGUAUUUAAAAUUAACUCUUCAUUGUCUACCGCUGUCCCUGUUAGAAAUGGUGUAAUACAAGGUAGUGUCUUAGGUCCUUUGCUCUUUUUAGUGUAUAUAAAUGAUAUUUGUGAAAGCUUUUGUGUCGAUAAGCCCCUUCUAUAUGAAUAUGAUCUUAAAGUAGUAUAUUCAUUUUCUCCACAUGAGCUGAAAAAUAUGCAAAAUCACAUCAGCAUAGAGUUUAACAAGGUAGCACAGUGGUGCUUAAAAUGGCAACUGGAGCUUAAUGCGGCUAAAUAUGGAUGGAUAUACUUCGGCGAUACAUAACUCAGCUUAGAUCUUACCAUAAAUGGUGAAGUGUUGUCUAGGUUAAAUACAGUAGUAGACUUAGGUACUCCUACGACUUGUCGUUUACAGAACAGAUAUUGAAACAGAUCUCUAAUUCUCAACGUCUUGUAGGUUACAUAACUCUAAACCUUUACAAUAAUGAGUCACGUAUUCUAAUGUACAAAGUUUGUGUUCGACCUCUUCUAGAAUAUUGCACGUUUAUUCUUAGCAGUGCGCGCAUAAAGGAUAAGUUGAGGCUGGAAUCAGUACAGAGACGAUUUAGACUUCGUAUUCUUGGAGUUGAUUGUACCUUAACUUAUAAUUUUAUAUGUAAUAAACUUGAGCUAGACCCUUUAUGGAAGAGGAGACUCAAACUAAAUCCUAUCUUUUUCUUCAAACUAUUUAAUAAACUAUCCUAUAUAUCCAAUUAAGUGAUUCAAUAUGCAGAAACUUCUCAUUAUGACAUCCGUAAUUCCUUGUCACUAGUGAAACAAACUUAUUCUAAAUCAUCUCUCUAUAUGAGUUACUUUACCUGUAAAUUUUCUAGACUCUGGAAUAACCUACCACAAUCUAUUCGUAAAAUAAAAUCACUCCCAUUAUUCGUUCGCUGCAUACUGCUCCUCUGAAAAUACAUUGAAUGUUCUAGCACCUGUAAGUUUAUCUCAUUCCACAAGUAGUAUUAUAGAAUCUUUGAAUGUUUAGCCACUUUUAUUAGUGCAUUCCCUAGGUAAAACCACCUACCUGAUGUCACUUUAUGGUAACCCCGUUCCUAGCAAGUUUAACUAAUUUGAAUAAUAUCUAACAUCAACAGUAUAUCACUGUGUCACAUGACACACGCAUUUAGGUAGACCUUAUUGACAUAUUUUGGUAAUUACUGCUUUGUUGUUCCGUGUUCUCUGCUUUUGUUUUAAUUUCUCUAGUUGUAGAUAAUUAUCAUUAAUUCGAUCUGGCACACGAAAUGACCUUAUUUACACUGUUCAUAAAUCAACAGGCUGUCCGUUUAAGAAAAAAUAAUAGUUCCCGGUUGAUGCAUUGGAUCGCUGUAAUAUAUGUACUACUUAAACAAUUACUGAACUGGUUUACUUAAAACUUUCUUCUAUCACAUGUUUGUUCUGCACGUCUAAUGUUACUAUUUAUAUCAUACUGUAAUUAUUAUUUUCAGAAUA